ACAGGUUUUUUAAAGGUUUCUGUACACACAGUUCCUGCUCAUAAGAUUUUCUUGGAAUCCAAUUCCAUGGCAAAUUCAAUUCUCUUAUCCUCAAUCUUGUUAGCUCUAGUUACGACAAUUGGUACUCUUGCUCCUCAAGCUGAGGCUAGAGCCUUCUUUGUGUUUGGAGAUUCACGAGUUGAUCAUGGCAACAACAAUUACCUACUCACCACUGCACGGGCAGACUCUCCACCUUAUGGCAUUGAUUUUCCGACUCAUCAACCAACUGGCCGAUUCUCUAAUGGGCUUAGCAUCCCUGAUUUUAUCAUUUUUGUAGGUCAAGCACUUGGCACGGAGUUCCUAUUGCCAUACUUGAGUCCAAAGCUCACUGGAAAGAAGCUACUUAUGGGUGCCAAUUUUGCCUCUGCUGGAAUUGGAAUCCUCAAUGAUACUGGAGUUCAAUUUGUAAACAUACUCAGAAUGUUUCAACAAUUUGAGUACUUUCAAGAAUAUCAACAGCGAGUAGCUGCUAUCAUUGAAGCUAAGCAGACCAAGAAACUUGUUAAUGAGGCUCUUGUGCUUAUCACAGUUGGUGGCAAUGAUUUUGUUAGCAACUAUUACUUGGUGCCUAACUCUUUAAGGUCUCAGCAGUAUUCAGUACCAAAUUAUGUGAAAUUUAUCAUUCCUGAGUACAGAAAACUUCUUCAGAGACAAUAUGAUCUUAGAGCACGGAGGGUUCUUGUAACAGGGACAGGUCCAAUGGGUUGUGCCCCUGCAGAAUUGGCCUUAAGGAGCAGAAAUGGGAAAUGCUCACCUGAACUGCAACAAGCUGCUGCUUUGUACAAUCCUCAACUCACUGCAAUGAUUAAAAAUCUCAACGAACAAUAUGGUUCAGACAUCUUUAUUGCUGCAAAUACAGGCCAAAUGAAAGCUAACUUUUUCAGUAAUCCUCAAGCAUUUGGAUUUACCACAUCAAAGGUAGCUUGUUGCGGGCAAGGACCUUAUAAUGGACUAGGACUAUGCACAUCAGCGUCAAACUUGUGCUCUAACAGGGAUGAAUAUAUGUUUUGGGAUCCAUUCCACCCAUCAGAGAGGGCAAACAGACUCAUUGUUCAACAAAUCCUGAAUGGCUCGACCAAAUACAUGAACCCCAUGAACCUUAGCACCAUCUUGGCCUUAGACUCCAGGACCUAAUGAACCGGAUUCUCCUAAAAAUUUUCUGUUCCUCUUUCUCUAUUAAUGAUCCUCAUGUUUGUUUGUUGUAGUUGAUUUGCUGAGGAAAUUCAUGCGUUGAAAUGUCUUAGAACCGAAUUGUCGAAUAAGAUGUAAUAUUUAUUUUCUUUAAUUAAUUGUUCAACCGUGGUUGUAUUAAUUUUAUCUUCUUGGUAUAUUGGAAAAUUUUAAAGAAAAAAGUUGU